AUGGCCAGUAAUGGAUUCUUGGACGGCUCUUUCGAGAAGGCGAUGACCAACUUGCUGCACGAAAGUGGAGUUGUCGGCGUGAGCAGCACCGAUCAGAAUGGCCUUUGCGUUAGCGCCAAGGGCAGCGCCAACGCUUCUGCAUCCGGCUACAUCCGAUCUCUGGCCAACCGCGCCAGGGAGCUUGCCCCUAGCGACUCUGAGAAGCCCACCAUCUGCAUUGAGACCGAGUCGACAAACAUCUUCAUCCGCGACGAGGACAACCUGACGGUGGCCGUCUAUCGCAUUCCCUGA